UGUUUGCAAAAUACAAUUACCAAUUAGCCACUCUAGUGUGACCAAAAAUAAUAUUAGUCGUCUUAUGAUUUGAACAAACUUGCGUGUAAAAUUUCAAAACAUAUUUUACUGCAGCUAACAGUUAUUAGAUAAAGGCUAUAUAUUCACCAUGGAGACGCAGCUCGUACAAAUAUUAGCAAACAUGAUUAGUUUGUUAACUGUUUUAUCAUGUUUAUUUCUGAAAGUGCCUCAAAUCUUAUACAUAAGAAAGAAACAAUCUGCUGAUGGAAUAUAUAUGCAGGCAAUGUUAAUGGAAAUCACUGGAUUUACAAUUGUAACUCUCUACAAUUACACAAAUCAAUACAGUGUAAUGACAUAUUUGGAAUAUCCCAUUAUACUCCUGCAAGUUUAUGUACUGUUGUAUUAUGUAUUAAAAUUUAAAGGGUACUUAUCAGCUCCUGUUGUGCCUUUUUUAAUAACAGCAUAUUUUGCAAUAAUUCUCAGCUUUGUCCUCGAGAUACUACCAAAAGAAAUACUAUCCUAUUUAGUGCCUUUUUGUACACCUUUGAGUGGAUCUGCCAAGGUUACCUAUAUUUAUGGAAUAAUCAAGGCAGCGAAUGCAGAUGCUGUAUCAUUAACUACAUGGAUUAUUUCUGUUUUAACAAACAUAUCACGUCUCUUUACUGUGUACGUUGACUCUGCUGAUACGAAAUUAAUGAUCAACUUCCUGGUAUCUACAACACUGAGUGCUGGAGUUCUAGCCACAGCUAUUUACUAUCAAAGGUAUCCAACAAAACCUACACCACAAAAACAGAGAAGAAGACGAAGUUUAUCCGCCGACCGAAAUCAUCAACAUAAGGAGUAAUUUAUUGAUAAAAUUUCUCAUCAAUAUUUAUAAAUACAAUGAAAGCAAUAAUAAAUUCUUAGCUAUAUUUUGAAAACUAGCAAAUGACAUGCUUAAAUUUUAGACAUUUUUUAUGUUUAUAUUGAUCAAUCUAUAUUAUGCAUGUUAAGCCACUAGUUUGUUAGAAAUUUAUAUAUAAAAUAUUCUAAUAAGGUAAAAGACACUAGAGUAUUUAAAAAUAUAUAGUUAUUAAUUUAGAUAUGUCGCAUAAUACCUAUGUUGGUUAUGAUUCCUUCCUUAGUAAAAAUAGAUUUCCUAUCUCACUUUCUAUAUUGCCUUAUUUGAGCACAAUAUUAUAUUUAUACUUAAUGAUGCUUGUGCGAUGUAAACUGAAAACAAAAGGCAUUACAAACACAGUAUUAAGUUGAAAAAUUGUAUUGAAUUUUGUUCUAUGUUGUCUAGUCAAAUUGAUCCAGUACAAGGGCUGAAAAUUAUUUAUAUUUAUCAGAUUUAAAAUAACUCACUUAGAUAUUAAACUAAAGCACAAUAUUAGCGCACAAUUUUGCGAUUAGGUUUCUCAAAAAAGUGUGCUAUAAUCCAAUGAAAAAUGUGCUUACUAAAACAAUUUAAAAAGACAUUUUGUGAUAAUUAUAAUUAUUUUAUGUUUAUGUAUUCCAUGUUAAUAAAAUAUUUGCCUAGUCAAUUAUAACGAUUAAGUAAAGUCAUAACAACGAAUUGUUGUAGCCAUACAGAAAAUGAAUCUCAAAAAGAAAAAAAAAUAAUAUACUAAGGUAUAGUAAAAAUGUAACUACUAUAGAGAUCAGAGCUGAAAAUACUUUGUUAGAAGUCAUAAAUUGAAUGAUAUUGUGUACAAUGAAUAUAUAUAUUUAAAUUGAGUGCCAAAUGAGGCUUGCUUGUUAAAUAUUUAAUAGUUAUAUUCUGGCAUAUUGUUACAUUUAACAUAUAAUAUUUAAUAAAUGAUAUAUAGACAAGA